ACACACACACACACACACACACACACACACGGUACGAGGGCUUGGUCAGUUAUAAGACCUCCUUCACCAGGCACUCAAAGAAAUCAUUCCUGAUAAGCCAACCAACUGACCCGGACACCAGCAACAAAUACAUACUCACAAUAUAAGAAGCGAAGCAAAACAGGUUUGCUUCAAGCCAAGUCAUGCCAAAAUCCAACUUAAGAUGGAGUCAAAGCCAAGUAAGACAGGUUCAUACCUGGAACAAAUCCCGCAGGUUCUGACUGAUGCAGCUAAAGAGGGAGAAUAGUACUCCAGGAGCUCAUCAUGGAUCUGAUGAAUGACACCACUGCCAUUCAGAUGCCAUUCAACUGUACUGUGGACAUCAGAUACCGCUUCACCUACUACCAGAUCUCCUACAGCCUCAUCUUCAUAUGUGGCUUGGUCAGCAAUGGCAUGGCGCUCUGGCGUUUGAGACUCAUGCCAUGGACGCUCACACGCACUGUAGUCUACAUGGCCAACUUGGCCGUCGUUGACCUCUUCUUCAUUCUUUCCCUUCCAUUGCGCAUCUAUUACUACUACAACCGGUCACACAACAUGGCUUGGUCUCCUGGAAGUGUCUUCUGCCUGCUGACCUUUGCCCUUAAAUACAUCAGCAUGUAUGGAGGCAUCUUCUUCCUGGCAUGCAUAGGGCUGGACCGCUACUUUGCCGUGACGCGCCCUGUGCUGUGGCGACCAAAGCAAGCGCAUAAUGCCUGUACGCUCAGCACCGCAAUCUGGUUAAUAGUACUAGCGCUGAGCUUGGCACUUCCAUUUAUGCACUCUGCAGCCUCCAAGAGUCGGUACACUUGCUUGCUCGACCCAUCCUUGGGACAACAUCAAACCUUCAUCCUGGCAGCACUGGGACUGGUGCUGGUUGCAUUCCUGCUGCCUGCACUUCUUCUGCUGUUCAGCUAUUGCCGCGUGUUGCAUGUGCUGGGCAGAAUGCCUCACCGUGGGAAAAGCCGCCAUCGCCGCACUUUAUCACUCAUCUACUGUGUGUUGGGUAUCUUUCUGCUCUGUUUUACCCCUUACCAUACAAACCUGCUAUGCUACACACUCACUCAUGUGGGUGUUGUGCGCAGCUGUGGUCUGGCUAAAUUUGCAAGCGCGCUGCACCCGGUCAUGCUCUCACUAGCCAGUGCAAACUGCUGCCUCAACCCACUUGUGUACUACUGCUCCAGCAGCCUGGUGCACAAAGAUGCUGCCAGUGGCCAGAGCAACCGGGAACCGGAUUCUAGCUCGAAUUACAGAAGGAAACGACUUCACCAUGACUCCAAAAGGGACAGAACAGUUGAGCUUCAGCAUCACUGUUUGAUGCAUGUUAGUGCCGUGACUCAAAUAACUACCAGCAACCAGGCUGUCUAAGCUUUGUCUUAUGUCUGCUGUGAUAAGCUGCUGUUGAACAGACCACAUAUGUUUUACAUGUGUGAAAAAAACAAACAAACUCUACUCCGCAUUUAUAAUAACCCACCAAAAAGGAAAAACCUCCCUACUUCACAGCAAGACAAAAAUAGAACCCCAACCUGCAUAGCGCUGUAUUAAAAUAGCUAAACAAACAAAGUUAAUUUCGUUGCAGCAACAUGUUAUUUGCAGAUUUUCUUUUCUUAAGUAAUGACCAGAUCAGCAGAAGAUAAAAAUGAAAUAUAGUGAGUGUAAUUUGUUUACUUCCAUUUCUCUUCUCCUGCACUGACCUGCGAGACUGAACAGCCAAUCAGAGAACUCACCCCCACUAUCCUCUGACAUCAUUUCAUCAUGCUAAAUCGACCCAACAGGUGUCGAACAAGCACCUGUUACUUUUAACAGCACGGCAAACACAAUAAAGAUUAGUGACAGUGUUCUUAGGCUGACGUCUGCGUAAUAUUUUACGGCUGUCAAUAUUCCAUUAAAUGAUUAUUACCAACUCG